AUGCCAUUUGCACUCCUGGCGGCGUCGGCGCAUAACAGGUGCACCUCUUUAGUCUGCUCUUGCUAUGUAGCAUCAAGGAAUUCUGAUAGCAAAAGUGAAGAAAGCAGCAAAAGUAGCAACAGCAACAAGAGGAGGUCACUUGCAACAAACAAAGAUGGGGUCAUGGAAGAAGUUUGUAAUAAUGAAUUAUUACAUGGUCGAGGAGGUAAGAGCAAUGGGUGUAAUGGGCCUCACAUUGAACCCACCCCUCUCAAGAGUAAUCUCAAGAAAGCCACAGCAGUGGAGACAAAUCAACAGAGGACAGAAACAAGGAAAGUCAGUUGGCCUGAUGCUCAUGGCAAAGAUAUUGCUCAUGUUCAAGUGUUUGAGACAAGGUAA